AUGAGUUCAGUCUACGAAAAUUCUGCUUUCGCCUUUUCAACAGGUAACUCCAGCAAUUACCGAGAAAGUAAAAGGGAAGUCAAUACUGCAAAGUGGACUAAAGUUCUGCUGAUUGUUUUCUCUGUCUCUCUGGUUUUUGCUCUUGGAGGUCUCUGUGCAGUAAGGAUACAGUAUGUCAGGGUUUCAGCGCAGUUGUCUGCCCAGGAAACUAAUGGCACAAUCAUGUCCAGACAGCUUGAGAAACUUACAGCCAACUUUACCACAGUUAGAGAUAAUCUCCACAUUAAUGAAAUGAUGAUGAUAGAGCUCACAGCAAACUACAGCCGAGUUAAAGAACAACUGUCCAUUUCUGAAGAGACGGUUAGAAAGCUGAGCAGAUUUAAUCAAAGCAGCGGCUGUGCGCUGUGUGCCCUUCACUGGACUCAUUCUGGAGGAAAGUGUUACUACUUCUCUACGGUCAAGAUGAACUGGACACAGAGUCGAGAUCACUGUGUGACCAAAGGAGGACAUUUAAUGAUCAUAAGCAGCAAAGCAGAGCAGGAUUUUCUGACCUCUAAUGUUAAAGAGACUCACUGGAUUGGUCUUAAUGAUUUGGACACUGAAGGACGCUGGGUUUGGGUGGACAACCAGCCACUUAGCCAAACAGUAGAAUUCUGGAUGAAGCGAGAGAAUGGGGUCAGUGAGCCUGAUAACUGGACCAAACAGCAUGUGGAUGGUGAAGACUGCGCUAGUCUGGGUCACCCAGGUGGAGAGACAGAUUUCUGGACCGACGCUUACUGUUUUGAAGAGAAAAGAUUUGUGUGUGAAGCUGCAGCAGCUGUUUGAUUCGAUCCUCAAAAUACACUUCUGUCAUUAGUAUCACGGCUUAUUAAUCAAGUCACUUUCGCAAAGUUUA